UAUGUGCUUAUGCAUGUGUGUGUGUUUGUAUGUCUGGUUUCCUUUGCAGGUAAUUAACGUGAGAAACUGCGUGAUGCAUUCUCCUAAUCUCACAGUGAACCAGAAGGACUUUGAACAACACUUGCAAAAGAUGAAAGAUUUAGCCCGCCUCUUGGACCAACAUGCCCAUGACUUGAAGUCAGUGCCAGAUGAGAUUGACGAGUUAUGUAGGACAAUAGAUGAUGGAUUUCUUCCACGGCUCGAAAGUAAGGGACAGAAGCAGGAAGAGCGAAAAGAGAAUUCUUAUCUGAAAUGCAUGGAGUUGGAGCUGAAAGCCCUGGAAGAGAAGAUUCAGUAUUUGAGCCAGCGAUGUGAGGAGGACCAGGAAGGCGUCAAAGAGGAGGUUCAGGGCAUCUGGAACUUUCUUAACGAGAACACCGACCUCAAGGAGAAGCUGGCCCCGCAGAUGGAGCAGCUGCAGAGGAGGGUGGACCAGCACGAGCAGCAGAUCAACGUGCUGAAUGAGCGCGUCGACCAGCUGGAGGUGAAGGUCACCCAAGGACCUGAAAAAGCCCUUCUCUUCCCUACAUCUCCUCUGAAAUAUAAGAACUACAUUUUUAAGUUGGCACGGAAGUACGGCUGGCCUCAUCCUGUGUUCACUGAGAGUCCUGAGCAAGAUGGCUAUAGGGGCCGCCUGGAGGUGAAUGGACUCACGUUUACUGGAGAGCGAGUGUGCCUGAAUAAGAAGCUAGCACAUCAAGAGGUUGCUAAAAAGGCCAUGGACCACCUGCAGACAUCAGCUGCCAGUGCAGGAGAAGGAGUGCAAAUGAGGCCAGCAGCUGCGCCUUCAGAAAGCAGUACCUCUGAGGGAUGCAUGUCAGGGCAAGACCUUGUGAAAACUGUCUCCCAGUACUAUUAUGGAAGUGUGACAGUUGUUCUGGACACUAAAGUUGCUUCUGAGGAGGGAUGCUGUCACGAAAAGGAGGCCAUUGAAGCUGCCUAUGGGAAACUAGCCCUUCUUUUUGGACUGGAUGAUGCUGAAACAGGGUCCUCAAAAAAGAGCUUGGUUCUUGAGUAUUUCCAGGCGCGUGGAUUCCCUCCACCAUUGGAGGACUGCAACAAAGGUCCUGACGAGAAGUUUUACUGCAAGCUGAAAGUGUCUGGGCCUAAUGAUGGAGUGGAGAAGAGGAAGAUCUCCUGGCAGGAGCUGUGGGAGAUGGAGGCAUUUAAGGCUAGCUUCACCAUCAGGGCCGCUUAUGAUGUACUGCCGUCUCCCAAGAAUCUUAGCCAGUGGUACGGAGAAGACCCGACAUGCUCCCUCUGCCCGACUCCAGCUACACUAAAGCACAUCCUGGUGGGCUGCAAGACCGGCCUCACUCAAGGCCGGUACACCUGGCGGCACAACCAGGUGCUACAGUGUCUUGCGGCAGUGAUGGAGAGUCGACGGAUGAGCGUCAAUGCCCUUCCUCCACCAUCUCGUAGGCCGGCAACAACAUUUGUCCGGGAGGGCGGGGGCCAAGUCACUCUCACCACCACAAGACCAGAAACUGGACAGCUAGGUGGGGCACGGGACUGGAAGAUGCUGGCAGACCUAGGCCAGAAGCUCCGAUUUCCAGCAGAAAUAGCAACAUCAAAUCUGCGACCAGACCUUGUGCUUUGGUCGGCCUCACUCAAGCAGGUGUAUAUCGUCGAGCUCACGGUGCCCUGGGAGAGUGCGGUGGAAGAGGCUUACGAGCGCAAGAAGCUAAGGUAUGCGGACCUUGCAGCAGACGCACAACAACGAGGCUGGAAAGCUAAGGUCUGCCCAGUUGAAGUAGGCUGCAGAGGAUUUGUAGCCACCUCAACAUCCAGGCUUCUUCGAGAGAUGGGAGUGCGGGGGAAGGCCCACAGGCAGGCAGUCAAAGACCUUUCCAGGGCUGCUGAAAAUGGAAGUCAGUGGCUGUGGAUAAAGAGGAAGGACUCCGCCUGGGCUGUCGGAUGA